UGGCAGUUUUGUUGUGGCGCUACGUGGAGGAGGAACAUCUGUGAUUAUGACAGACAACCAUGAAGAGAAAUGGAAACAUCGAGGGCUGAGAUUUCUGAGUGCACCUACACGGAUUUGGACUGGACGCAACAACCUGCGUGACUUCCAGCCAUUUUUCGGGUCAUUCCCCUGGAUUUAAAGUUACGGACUGUUUUGUUCCCGGAGUAAAUGAAGAGAAGGGGGCCUGAAAUUAUACAGACGUUGGGGGGAAGUUGGGCUAUCUGGGGGGGAGAAAACGUUACUGCUCGUUGAAAUAGCGCUACUUUAUAUAUUUUAGAUUGACUGUAAAUUCUCAUUUUAACUAAUUUAGGGUUGUAUCCCGAAGCUGUCUUUAAUGUAAAUUUUAUUUUGAUUGAAAGCAGCUGUGGGAGAGCUAGGCUAGCCCGCUAGCUCCCAUGCAGCGCUAGCUUCUCGUUGCUACGAAAGCGUCUGCUGAAUGAAAAAAAGAAACGACGCAUUUCUAGUUUGUGAACGUUUUAAAAUGAAUUCACCACAAAGCAAUGCGAAGUUUAAUAUAAUUACUGACAUGUUUUUGCUGCUUUUUUAGAGUUUCCAGCCGGAUUCAGAUGGAGUUAUCAGUUUCUUCAAUCGGUAUUUAAAGGCAGGCUCAGAUUCAGUUUGAUUACAUAAUGUCUUAUUUACAUGGGAUUUUUUACUCCCAAUGUGCACUACCUUUAAUUAAGCUUCACAGUAUUUAACACAUUUAUGACACCCACGUUAUUUAACAUCUUCAGCCGGAAAUAGUGAGAAACAAAGUCUCUGCAGCUGGACCCACAUCCAGGUAGUUCAUGGCAAAACAGACUUUGUUUUGGAUCAAGCCAGAGGGAAAUAACAUAUUUUGAGCCUUUUGGGGUCAGAGGUGAAGAUGGGCAGCCAGGGCAGCCCGGUGAAGAGCUACGACUACCUGCUGAAGUUCCUCCUGGUGGGAGACAGCGACGUGGGCAAAGGGGAGAUCCUGGACAGCCUGCAGGAUGGAUCUGCAGAGUCUCCCUAUGCUUACAGCAGCGGGAUCGACUAUAAAACCACAACCAUCCUUCUGGACGGCAGGAGGGUGAAGCUGGAGCUGUGGGACACGUCGGGUCAGGGUCGCUUCUGCACCAUCUUCCGCUCGUAUUCCCGCGGCGCUCAGGGGAUCCUGCUGGUGUAUGACAUCACCAACCGCUGGUCCUUCGACGGCAUCGACCGCUGGAUCAGGGAGAUCGACGAGCAUGCACCGGGCGUGCCGCGGAUCCUGGUCGGGAACCGGCUGCACCUGGCCUUCAAGCGGCAGGUUCCCACGGAGCAGGCCCGGGCCUACGCCGAGAAGAACGGCAUGACCUUCUUCGAGGUCAGCCCGCUCUGCAACUUCAACGUGAUCGAGUCCUUCACGGAGCUGUCGCGCAUCGUCCUGAUGCGGCACGGCAUGGAGAAGUUCUGGAGGCCCAACAGAGUCUUCAGCCUGCAGGACCUGUGCUGCAGAGCCAUCGUGUCGUGCACGCCCGUCCACCUCAUCGACAAGCUGCCGCUGCCCGUCGCCAUCAAGUCCCACCUCAAGUCGUUCUCCAUGGCCAACGGGAUGAACGCCGUCAUGAUGCACGGACGCUCGUACUCGCUGGCCAACCCGGCCGGCGGCUCCAAGGCCAACAGCCUGAAGCGCUCCAAACCCAUCCGCCCGCCGCAGAGCCCGCCGCAGAACUGCACCCGCAGCAACUGCAAGAUCUCCUAGGAGACGGGCGGAGAGCCGGACUGCAGAGGCGUCACUACAUGUUCAGAACCUCCACGCUCUCGUCCCGAUAAGCUAAGCAUCGUUUCACACUACAGAACCACAGCAGACUCCGGUCCAGGCUCGCUUUGGUGCCUUGAUCCACGUUUUCUCACUAACAGUCCGGUUCCACUUCCACCGGCCACCAGGUUCGGGUUUUACGUUUAUGGUUUUUAUUUCUCAGUUCUGAUUGGACGGGACUUUAACUGGGUCGGACGGUUCUGUUUACUUCAGGUUUAUAUUCCCACUUGUUUCUGUUUUUUAGACCUGAUCAGAUUCAGUAUUUUUGUUAGAAAUACCUCGGAUGAGCUCCUUCCUGUUCCCAAACAUCGACCCAGUCGGAGAAACUGGCCGGGUUCUGACAGAACCGGACCUUAUUGACAGUAAACUCUGACCCGUUUUUAAACUUUUUAGGUUUGUUUUUGCCUUCAUCUGCUUCACUUUGAAUCUGAAUGAUAAACUUUCAGGAUUUAUCAGUUUUUUUGUUUUUUUGUUUCAGUGUUGAAGAAUUUAUUUAAAUCAAAUGAAGCCAAAACAUUUUCACUAAAAUAAUUUACAAAUAUUUUCACUUCCAGACUUUAAGUUUGGAUCCUGAUGUCUCCAUCUUUCCUUCCUUGCUUGUUAUUUCCUCUCUGCGCUGCGUUCAGGUGCUGCAGGACGUUUCACUCUUUCUUCACAGCAAAACACAAAAUCUUACAAAUAAUUUUUGCUCUAGUUUCUGUAUUGUCACUUUUGUCUCAUUUCAAGUGUUUUAACUUACAGGAAAUUUAAGUCAAUAAUUUCUUAAUAAUGAUUUUACUAUAUCCACUAGUGAAUUUUUUGGGAAAAUGACCUGUCAGUUAGUUUUCUUAUUUCAAGUUAACUCAGAUAUUUUCAGAGGAAACUGGAGAAAAAUCUUGGUAGGAUUUAGUGUUUUUGCAGUGCGCUCGUGUUUAAAUGAGUUGGAACACGUGAGUUUUUUCAGAGCCGCUGCUUUUCAUCUGGUUGGAUCUCCCCAGGGAUCCAUCGCUGUUGUCUUCUUCUUCUUCUUCCUCCCUGUGAUCCGCAUCGCCGCCUCCGCCUGCCGUCCCAUGAUGCCUUGCUGUUUAAUAAUAGAUGCUCUGCAGGGCUUCAUCUCUGUCUCUCCUCUUUUCCUGCUGCUGCCACUAUUUUCUCUUUAUUCAACGGUUUCCUGCAGGUUCUGAUCAAUAAGUUCUGCUUCUUCUGAUCCGGUUCUGCUUGUUCUAGAGACACUAAUCUUCCCGGUCCGUUUCUGGUUCUGACUCGUUUGUUUUGAUUCUGUAGAAAUGGAUCCAGAAAUUGUCCUGUUUUGCAGAAAAGCUGCUGUUCCAGUUCCUCUGAGUGGUUUCCAGCACAGAUCUCACUACGACCCGUUCUGUGACCCGCUGACCCGUUCUGCUGUUUCCCUCUUCAAAUUGGUGUCAAACGUUUGUGCUGCUAAAAUUUAAGUUUGUUCUGCUUUUGCUUUGAAUAUAGUAAAGUUUAAAGGUCAACCUGUAGAUCUAACAAAUUGGUGUCAAACGUUUGUGCUGCGUUGCUGCACCAUUUAAAGAUAUUAAUAAAAGUUUCCUGAGGUCAUGAAAUUUGUUUCUGCUGCCAUCAUUUUAAAGAUAGUAAUGGUUUCUGUUUGCGGCACAAACAUAACGGAGUUGAUUGACACCAAAUUUGAUUUUGUUCAUGUUUGGGGGCUGGUUGCCCUUCAAAAUUUAAUUCAUAUCUUCAAAACAAAAGCAGCACAAACAAACUUUUCGCAGCACAAAUGCAGCACAAAAAGGCGGUUGGGUGCUGGUUGACCUUUCAUGACCUCUAGAAACAUUUAUUAAUAUCUUUAAAACAAUAACGGCACAAACAAAUAUUUUUGCUGCACAAACACUCCUGUUCAUUCGUGACUCGCUGAAGCUGCUGAGUGAUGAAACACGACGACGAUGAUGAUGAUGAUGAUGAUGAUGAUGAUGUUUUUAAAUUAUUGAUUGUACAGUUCAAGACAACGUGUAUGAAAAGACUUUUUCACAAUAAAACUGUUGAAUGUC